AUGCCCACCGCACAGGCGGAGUUUUGGCAGGGAUCUCCCUUGGGAUGGUCGAUCGCUGUACGCGUAAACGGUACUGCGUACAGUCUUUUUGGGAAUCCAGGAAUUGGCACACCAGCCGUGCUCGACAGUGCCGAGUAUAGUGCCACUCAUUCCAUCUUCAAUUUCUCUGUCGGCCUGGCGAUCUUUUCUUUGGACUUCUUCUCCCCAGCCUCUCCCCACAACCUCCUCCGGCAAUCCUUACCCUUUUCCUACCUCACAGUGUCUGUGACCCUCCCUGGCUCCGGGCAGAUUCAAAUAUACAGCGAUAUCGAUAAGGCCUGGGCUGGUCCAAAUCCUGCGCAGUAUUCCCACUUCACUUCGGCCAAGAACACGGAAUACUAUGAGGUCUCUCCGGUUUGGCCAAGACUUUUCCGAGAAUCGAGAGACAGAGCUUUGUGGGGUCAGGCAAUCUAUGGGACUCGUCCAGUUGGUGGUUCCGUAGUGACCUCGCAGGUGGGCCGAGCUUCUCUGGUGCGCAAUCGGUUUGCCAAGUAUGGAAACUUAAGUCAAGUCCAUGACGUCUGGAACGAUGAUGGCAGUGUCCUCGGCUUUUCUCACGACCUAGGUGCAAUCCAGGAGCGCAAAUCCGUCACGUUUGCCAUUGGACAUCACCGGGUUGAGUCGAUCAAUUACCUAGGUCAGGUCCGAACGGGAUAUUAUCGGGCGGCGUACCCUGAUGUGGCAUCUGCUCUGGUCCAUUUUUUGGACGAUUACGGCGAUGCUUACGCAGAAGCUGCCGAAAUGGAUAGUGCCCUCACGGACAAGGCAUUGAACAUUUCGCAGCAUUACGCAGACAUUGUUGCCCUCUCCGUCCGCCAAUCAUUGGGCGCUGUGGAAUUCACGAUUCCUGAAGGCGACCACAAUGUGACGGAUGUGAUGGCCUUCAUAAAAGAAAUCUCCAGCGAUGGAAAUGUCAACACACUUGACAUACUUUUCCCCACGUUCCCGAUCUACUAUGUGACGAACCCCGAUAUCAUCAAGUUUCUGCUCGAACCGGUGUUACGUUAUCUCCAGGCGGGGAGGUGGCCACACGAAUGGGCUAUCCACGACAUUGGCUCCAGCUAUCCCAAUGCCGAUGGUCACGACACCGGGAAUGCAGAACAAAUGCCGCUGGAGGAAUCGGGAAACAUUCUUCUGCUCGUCUACGCCUAUCAAGUAGCCUCUGGUGAUGCCACCUGGGCCCAGCAGUACCAAGAUAUCCUCAAAGGCUACGCUACCUAUCUGUCCAAGCAUGGGUGGUAUCCCGAGUUUCAGCUCGCGUCGAGUGACGAGGCUGGCCCGGCCGCGAACCAGACGAACCUGGCGAUCAAAUCCGCGGUCGGCAUGGUCGCAUAUGGAAAAUUGUUCUCGGACCCGUUCUUCGUGGCCAACGGGACCGCACUGGCAGAUGCAAUUUAUGCCUCCGGUCUGGGGACCGACGCCAACAAGAGCCACUUCGUGCUGUCCUACCACGACGGUGACACAUGGUCCGGAUGCUACAACUUGUUCUCGGACAAGCUAUUCGGCUUCGAUCUUUUCCCACCUGCCGCGUACGAGAUGCAGGCAGCCUGGCUCCGUGGCGAAGUCCGCUGCACCGCCGGCGUUCCGCUCGAUAGUCGCGUCACCUGGACUAAGUCUGACUGGAACAUGUUUCUGGCUGCUGUCGCGAGCGAUGACGUCGCCAGCCAAUACGUCAAUGACUUGCAUGCUUAUGCCUCGAACGGUCUGAAUGCUGUUCCAUUCAGCGACCGCUACUGGGUGGAAGGAAGUGACGCCGGUCACUUCUUCAAUAUCAACAAUCGACCAACUGUCGGUGGUCACUUUGCCCCAAUGGCCAUGUUGCACGGCCCCAACUUGUUCUGA